CCUCCGGGAGGGGUGAUUAGAGAGGUGGUGUGCCGCUCUAGACGGGGACUCUAUGGUCGGUCCAGGCCGGCGCGAUACGAAGCGGCCGGCUCUCUAUGGUCGGAGGCCGGGAGGAGCGUCGCGCGGCGGGCCGGGCGGCGCUCUAGGCCGGCGCCGGGCCGGUUGCUAGGCGGAGCGGGGCCAGGCCGCGGCGUGUCGGCGCCGCCAUGGCGGCCUCGCCGGCGGCCUCCCCGGGCGCGGCGGCGGCGGCGGACGGGCCGUGCGUGCUGUGCUGCGGCGACCUGGAGGUGGUGGCGCUGGGCCGCUGCGACCACCCCAUCUGCUACCGGUGCUCGGUGCGGAUGCGGGCGCUGUGCGGCGUGCGGUACUGCGCCGUGUGCCGCGAGGAGCUGGGCCAGGUUGUCUUUGGAAGAAAGCUUACAUCUUUCUCAACAAUAGCACUUAACCAGCUGCAGCAUGAGAAGAAAUAUGACAUCUAUUUUACGGAUGGAAAUGUUUAUGCACUGUACAGGAAGCUGCUGCAGCAUGAAUGCUCUUUAUGUCCAGAUGUGAGGCCAUUCAAUACUUUUGCAGAUCUGGAACAGCAUAUGAGAAAGCAGCAUGAACUCUUCUGUUGCAAACUUUGUGUUAAACACUUAAAGAUUUUUACGUAUGAACGGAAAUGGUAUUCUCGUAAGGACCUUGCCCGCCAUAGAAUCCACGGAGAUCCAGACGACACCUCUCAUCGUGGGCAUCCCCUCUGUAAAUUUUGUGACGAGCGUUAUUUGGAUAAUGAUGAGUUACUGAAACACCUAAGACGAGAUCAUUAUUUUUGUCAUUUCUGUGACUCUGAUGGUGCUCAGGAAUACUACAGUGAUUAUGAAUACCUUCGUGAACAUUUCCGCGAAAAGCAUUUCCUUUGCGAAGAGGGACGGUGCAGUACAGAACAGUUUACCCAUGCUUUCCGCACAGAAAUAGAUUAUAAAGCGCACAAAACAGCCUGCCACAGCAAGAACAGGGCAGAGGCCAGGCAGAACCGGCAAAUAGACCUUCAAUUUAAUUAUGCUCCUAGGCAUCAGAGGAGGAAUGAGGGUGUUAUAGGUGGAGAGGACUAUGAAGAAGUGGACAGGUAUAACAGGCAAGGGAGGUCAGGCAGACUCGGAGGCCGAGGAGGUCAGCAAAACAGAAGAGGCAGCUGGAGAUACAAGAGGGAAGAAGAAGACAGAGACAUUGCAGCAGCAGUCAGGGCAUCUGUUGCAGCUAAACGGCAAGAAGAGAAAAAACGGGUAGAAGAUAAAGACGACAGCAGCAGCAGAGGUAAAAAGGAGGACUUGAGGGAUUCAGAAGUACCCAGCUCCAAACGUGUGCCAAAGUCUUCAAAUGAAGCUACAGAAGCGGCUGCUGAUGGUGCUUUAUGCCAAGAUGACUUUCCAGCGAUUGGCUCAGCAGUGGGACCUCUACAGGGCUCUGCCCAGCUAGUGCCAGUUAAGCUUAAAGAAGAAGACUUCCCAAGCUUGUCAUCUUCUGCAGCACCCACCGUCUCUUCUGGGAUGUCUUUGACAUAUACAGCUACUGCAAAGAAAACAGCUUUUCAAGAGGAGGAUUUUCCAGCUCUGGUGUCCAAAAUGAGGCCUAACAACAAAACAGUAACUAACAUUACAUCUGCGUGGAACAAUGGUUCCUGUAAAAGCGUGGUCAAAGCCAUUAGUAGCCCCAGUGCAAACCAGACAGCCAAAAAGCCACCCUCCUUGAAUAGCAGUAAAGGAAGCAAGAAGAGCAAUAAACUCUCUCAGUCAGAUGAUGAAGACAGUGGCAGUGGCUUGACAACCCAGGAGAUCAGAAACACACCAACAAUGUUUGAUGUAUCGUCCUUGCUGGCAGCUUCUACCUCACAAACUUUCACGAAAGUGAGCAAGAAAAAGAAGAUGGGGGUUGAGAAGCAGAGACCAUCCUCCCCACACCUCUUACAGGAUACGUCCUUUCCCAGGUCAUCUACUGAAAAGUUGCCAGAAGCAGAGCAGACAUCAAAUGCCUUCUCUGCUCUUCAUGCCCCUGACAGAGCUGCAACUGUUAUGAACGGUCAUUCGGAAAAAUCAUUAGCAGUCUGUAGUACACCCAAAGAGCCCCCUGGCCUUAAAAAGCCCACAGUGACUAACCAAUGCCCUUCACCUCAGGAAGACUUCCCAGCUCUUGGGAGCUCAGGAUCAGCUAGAAUGCCACCGCCACCAGGCUUUAACACUGUGGUGCUACUAAAGAAUCCUCCUCCACCUCCAGGACUGUCGGUGCCUGUUAGCAAACCCCCUCCAGGUUUUGCUGUUAUUCCAUCCACCAAUGUCCCUGAAUCUGUCACUACAUCUUUGAAAGAGCCAAAAUCCUGUCAUGGAUCAUACUUGAUACCUGAAAACUUUCAGCAAAGGAACAUUCAGCUAAUACAAUCUAUUAAAGAAUUUCUUCAAAGUGAUGAGUCUAAAUUCAAUAAAUUUAAAACUCAUUCUGGGCAAUUUAGACAGGGUCUGAUUUCUGCAGCAGAGUAUUACAAAAGUUGCCGAGACCUGCUUGGGGAUAACUUCAAGAAAAUCUUUAACGAGUUGUUGGUGUUGUUGCCGGACACAGUUAAGCAACAAGAACUGCUUUCUGCUCACAAUGAUUUCAGAAUCAAGGAAAAGCAAAGCUCAAACAAACCCAAAAAGAACAAAAAGAAUGUUUGGCAAACAGACUCCAGCUCUGACCUCGACUGCUGCAUCUGCCCAACGUGUAAGCAAGUGCUAACUCAGCAGGACGUUGUCACCCAUAAAGCUUUGCAUAUUGAGGACGAGGAAUUCCCUUCCUUACAGGCAAUCAGCAGAAUCAUCAGUUAGCUUUCCCGAAGACCAAUAAAACAUUCUCAACCUAUGAAUAUGCACUUUUUGGAAUGAGGUUUGGCAGCGUAGUGUGGCUGAGGGCCAGUGCCAGUUGAGUAGUAAUACACAGGUAACUGUUAGAGAGCCCUCUCAGUGCUGUUCAUAAAUACAGUGCAAAGGGAUCAGUGGACUGCACCGUAGCUAAUUUACAUCCAAAGUCUGAGCUUCCGAAAUGCCUGAGUAGAAUUAGGCUGAAACUGCAGGGUGGGCAGGCAGGGGGCCACCUUUCUCCUGUAACAUGCAAUAGCUGAGAAAAUACUUUCUGAUCUGAAGGCUGACAGGGGACACAAUAGGGGAAUAAGCAUCUAGUUUUGUUUCUUCUUUCUUUUUGGGGGAGGUUGGGGGGGAGCUUUUGAGUCAUUGGAGCGAAUGGAAGCAAAAGUGGCUUCCUUCAUAUUCUGAUUUUGUGGGUUUUUUCUUUUUUUUUCUUUCUUUCUUUUUUGUGACCAUAAAGAUCAUGGUAGUCAGGGGUGCAAAGGUGCAGAAAAGGAAAAGAUGCUACUCACUGGUGAAUAAGACCGUUACAAUUUUGUGUCUGUAAACAUUGGGCUGCUCAUAUAGCAAAGAAUAUUCCUGUCUGAAACCUGAAUUAAUUAUACUACUUGAAGAAUUGGACUGAUCUGUGUGAUUAGUUGGACGUGAGAUUUGGAGUUGCCUCUGACCUUUUACGUAAUCAUGUUCUUUAAAGAAACUUAUUUUGUAGCACUGCAUGUAGAAUAAUAAUGUUAAGGCUUUACUUUCUGUAAAGCACACUUCAUUCACAGUAAUUUUAUUUAAUGACUGCCAUGUUUCUAAUUUCUUGGCUGUAUUAAUGGUGGUAGCUCAAAACAACAGCAUAUUGGGACAUUAAAUGCUGCUGAUCACUGACCAUGUUCAUCUGCAGUGCCUUUAAGUGCAUUUAUCUGUUUACAGUGGUCUGCACUAACAAGGAUAAUUUGUUCAGAUUGUAUGGAGUGUUUACAUCCUCGGUGAUACCGGUCUGAAGUAGCUUUGCUUCUGUUGCUUGGCAUCUAUAAAUUCCACUUCUAGGAGAUGAGAGGGGAGUCUGUUAAACAGUCUGAAGUAAUUCCUCCAGCAGCAGUGAUGACAUGUGGAGUGACAGGAUUCCUCCCCGUGGUGCACUUCCAUAGCUGUAACUCAGUGUCUGAGUCUCACCCAUCCUGGCAGACCAGAUUUAGCUAUUUUUCACAUGUAGGAGUAAAUGAAAUUAAUUUAUGUAAUUUUUUUAAUGACAAAAUACUGCUUUUAUAUAAGCAUCAUUUCUAUGAAACUGAGCUCAAACUGUUAGUGAAGAGCUAGUCCUGGCUACAGAAAGUUUUUCUUGCCUUAUACUUAGUUUGCUUGCUCUCAGGCUGCAAAGUGCUUUUGGUUUCUUUUCCAAAUACUUAAGACUGUUUUGAAUACCUGAAUGUGUCUAGGCAUCACAGGGGCCAGGCUACACGCCCUGAAAUGUGGGGAGGGAGGAUUAUUUGGCUGCAUGGCUGUUUAUAAAAUGCAUGAAAACAUGACAAGCAGUAACGCUUCCGUAUUACCGUUCCUACUUGGAGUCAGGUUCCUCUGGACAGAGCUGGGUUUCAGGCCCAUCACACUACAGCGGCGCUUCUGUGCUCGAGUUGGGAUGCCAGCUGCCCGUAAGGCAUCUCGUGCUCAAUUGCUCCACAAUGUAAGCGAUUUCCCGUCUCUUCCUUUGGUUUGUCAAGUUCAGAGGAAACGAAAUACAUAUUCUCUGAAGCAGCAUCUUUCUUACAUCUUCCCUUUACUUUCAGUUAAUUUCUUCUGUAUUAUCAGACAUGUAGUUAGUUCCUACCUCGUGGGUUGAGAACUGGAAGUGCUGCUUUGUUUCCUGGAGGUGGUCCUUCUCUUUGGCCUGAUGAUGCAGUUUCUUUGUUCCCUGUGCUCACCUGGUUCAAUAAAAUAUUACCAAAUUUU